AUGGGAGUCGAGACCCACGCCAGGACAGACCAGGCGAUGGCCGGUAUCUCCUGCGAUAAAAACGCUGUGCUACAAGAGGCCAAGGUUUUUUCAAAAGUGCCAAUUAACUCGAAAAAAUGCAUAGCAGCAAUCACCAAAAUACUAUGCCUCAUCAACAAAGGACGCGAGACUCUUACCGAAGUAGAAAGUACCGACGUCUUCUUCGGAGCCACAAGACUCUUCGAAUCAAACGAUGAAAGGCUUAGAAGACUCGUUUACCUACUGAUCAAGUCAAUACACGCUAACGAAACAGAGAUUUUUAUCGUCACAAGCUCGCUUACAAAAGAUGUCAACUCACCAAACCAAAUUUAUCGCGCAAAUGCCAUCAGGGCAAUGUGCCUCGUUGUAAAGAGCAAUGUGGCAUCGCAGGUUGAACGCUACAUCAAGUCCUCACUCGUAGACAGAGAUGCAUACGUAUGCUCAUCGGCACUAUUAUGUUGCAUACGCAUAUUCAUGCAAAUGCCACAAAUUGUAAGGAGAUGGGUAGGUGAAGCAGCUACGUGCCUAACAAACACAAACGAAAUGGUACAAUUUCAUGGCACACUCAUGAUGUUCCUUGUCAGACUCAGCGAUAAGCAGUCGCUCAGGAAACUUGUCACCACGUUGAGGCAAAGAGCUAUGGGAGUGCAUACCGAAUGCUUCGUAAUACGGUUCGUAGCAGCGAACUUCAACAUCAUGGAGACCGAAUGCGUAGAAAUUGUAAAUGCCGGACUCAAACACACAAAAGAUGCAGUCAAAUUAGAGGCCCUCAAAGCAGUUGUAGCGCUAGCUCUCGCCCAUUAUAAACGCGUUGGCAGCAUGCAAGGAUUCGUAUUCGAUCUAAGGGAUGUUAUAUCGACGCUACAGACGAUGCUAUCCACCAGAGACCAGACAAUUGUUUUUGCCGCAAUGAGACAGGUCUAUCGAAUGGCACAGACACUACCACUACUGAUCAGCGUACUAAACGCAAAAAUUGAAGAAAUGCUUAAACGAAAAAACAAAGACAUAUCGUCACUAGCCCUGCUUACAUUACUGCAAACAGGAGGGGCAGAAACUAUAGAGAGACUACUUACACAUGCCGCCAGCCUCUCUGGUGAUUUCAAACUGGCCGUUGCAAAAGCAUUGAAGGGACUAUGUGUAUCGUUUCCAGACAAACACCCAGUAGUGCUCAAGUUCUUUGCAAACAACUUCAGGGAUGCGACCGCCAAAGAAUUCAAGCGGGAAAUGAUUGAUGGAACCAUGCAUAUAGUCGAACGCAUUCCCGCAGCUCAAACUACAGGCCUUAAAAAUCUUUGUGAUUUCAUUGAGGAUUGCGAAUACCCUGAAUUAAAUGCUAAAGUACUCAAGUUCCUAGGAGACCACGUACCCAAGACAAAGACACCGGAGGAGUAUGUACGAUACAUAUAUAACAGACUGUUGUUGGAAAAUGCAACCGUUAGGGCCGCAGGUAUAGAAGCACUUGAUAAUAUAGUAAGAAAGUGCCCUUCACUCAAGUCAUCUGUCUCUGUACUCUUGCUUCCAUCUCUCAAGGACCCUGAGGACGAACUUAGAGAAAGGGUCAACUUGACAUAUGAACUCAUGCUUGUGGACGACGCAGUAACUUUAAACAAUACGCUACUACCACCAAGUUUAAAGGUAACUGGCGAUUUUAAGGACUUUGAAGCAAAGGUUAAAAACUCCGUAGCAGCCAAACAGCUCUGCGAUGUUGUAUGUGCAGUAUCUGAAAAAGGCAGCAUGGACAAACUAGCUAGACAGUUGCUAGAAUGUAUAAGCAACAAACGGGGCUAUGAUGAAAUCGACGAAUUGCUCGUGGAUGUUGAAGCAGAAGAUGAACAUGACAACGUUGCACAUACGGUACAAGAACACACACAACCCAAUGUACAAACAGACGUUCCCGACAGUGCAGAUAUAGUAGGAGAUGAACCAAUUGUGGAGCAAGAAACGCCUGCCCUUCCACGUGAAAUCAUGAACAUCGUUCCACAAGAUGUACCAAUGGCCACAUCUGCCAUCGUCCACCUCACUGAUGAAGAGGAAGACUAUAGCGUAGAAGCUAUUGUACACGCCACUCAAGAAUAUGUAGUGCUAGAAUUUGUCAUUGGUAACACGCUUGCCGACCAAAUUCUGGAAAAUGUAGUGGUAACAGUUGAUUACUCCGUUUGUCGUAACGCAUACAACUGGAAACUGGAGGCAGCGUUCCCUAUAGAAAGGCUCACUGUAUCAGAAAAGAACAGCGCAUUUGCCGUACUGUCUAACACAGUUAAGGAAAGCGGAUCGACACAACCACACUUGGGACUGCUACUGGGAUUAGUCAGGGUGGACCUCACCUUUGACGCCAAGUGUGGAGGCGAGGACGCCAGGAGUUAUAGAGAAAGCUAUAGCGCAAAUGAUCUGCACCUCGCAAUAGGAAUGUACUGUUUCGAUUGGACGCUUGGCGAAUCGCAUUUCGACGAAAAGUGGGAGGAUGCGGCAGACAUGGAGACUAGUGGUACCUUUGGUCUGCAAUUCAAGGACAUCCCAGAGGCAGUCCAGGGAAUGCGCAGAUUCUUUGGAAACAGCAUGGUUACGCAGUGUCCAGGACAGGUUGACAGAAUAACGACACUCAAUGUCGCCGGUAAGCUGCUAGAUAAGCACGAAUUCUUAGCGAAGGCCACCAUAGCCCAGGGCGAUCCGCAGACGAAGUCACAACCAGGGCUGCGGAAAGGCUGUAUACUCAAAUUACAAAUCAGGACGAGCGUUGAAGAGCUCGCUGAUAUCAUAUUCACUUCUUUGGAAUAA